AUGUCCAUGGGCAGCGGAUCAUGGAUGGAUUUUAGGUCCAGCGGUAGCUUAAUAUUUCUAGGGGGCAUAGCCACCAAGGAUGCUCUCGCCGUGGGAUCUUCACGCAGAGAUGCAGAGGGCAUAAGGAGCUCUUCAUCAUCCAAGUCAGAGAGACUGGUGUCGGCGUCGCUGUCCAAAAGGGACGAUGGAGGCGAUGCGCCGGUUACAGGUGCCGCCUGCUUGACCUUUGUAAUGUUGCUGGCAAGGGGCGUCUUCACUUGGUUCGGCUUCACCACUAUUUUCGCCAGAUUCCCAAUCUUGGCGAGGAACUUUGCGUUGCGACCAUUGGGGUUGGUCUCCGUCUUCUUAGUGAAUAAAUCGCCCAAUCGCAUCGAUGGCAGCUCGACAAGUGGCGCAUUUAUGGGAGUUGGAUCAUCCGUUUUUGAUUCCUCGCCCUGCGAUGAUAUUGCGCCUGUCGGUGCUUCCGGUGUGGGUACCGGUGUCUCCUGCUUCGGUGCAGUUGCAUCGUCCGAACUCACGCUCUCCACAGCCUUAACGCUCUUCGGAAGCAGUAUUUUAGGAACGGCCUUGGGUGGUGCCUUUUUAGGAGCGGCUUUGGGGGGUUGA